CUCGGAUGCGCCCCGCGCGCCCAGAGCAGUCCCCGCCGCGCCGCCGCCGCGCCAUCGGGCCACCCAGGAAGCCCCUCGCGGUGCCGCCUGGGUGCCAGCAGCCCCGCACGCCUGCCCGGACCAGGCUGCCCAGAUGCGGGCGCCACUCUGCCUGCUGCUGCUCGUCGCCCACGCCGUGGACAUGCUCGCCCUGAACCGAAGGAAGAAGCAAGUGGGCACUGCCCUGGGGGGCAACUGCACGGGCUGCGUCAUUUGCUCAGAGGAGAACGGCUGCUCCACCUGCCAGCAGAGGCUCUUCCUGUUCAUCCACCGGGAAGGUAUCCGCCAGUACGGCAAGUGCGUGCACGACUGCCCCCCAGGCUACUUCGGCAUCCGCGGCCAGGAGGUCAACAGGUGCAAAAAAUGUGGGUCCACAUGCGAGAGCUGCUUCAGCCAGGACUUCUGCAUCCGGUGCAAGAGGCGGUUUUACCUGUUCAAGGGAAAGUGUCUGCACACCUGCCCGCAGGGCACGUUGGCCCACCAGAACACCCGGGAGUGCCAGGAGAAGUGUGAAGUGGGUGCGUGGGGCAGCUGGAGUCCCUGCACACACAACGGGAAGACCUGCGGCUCAGCCUGGGGGCUGGAGACGCGGGUGCGCGAGGCCGGCCAGGCUGGGCGGGAGGAGGCAGCAACCUGCCAGGUGCUGUCCGAGUCCAGGAAGUGUCCCAUCCAGAGGCCCUGCCCAGGAGAGAGAAACCCCAGUCAGAAGAAGGGCCGCAGAGACCGGCGCCCACGCAAGGAAAAGAAGCUGGACCGCAGGCCGGACACGCGGCUGCCCAAGCCGGGCCCGCAGCCCUGACCACGCUCCAGGCCGCUCGGUCCCUGCCCCUUGCCUUCUUGUCCCUGCUUCUCCUUUCCCUCCUCCUUUUUCUCCCACCUCCUCCUCUUCU